AUGUCUGCCGCCCUCCUCCCUCUCCGCGCCCGCCAUUGCCUCAUCACCGGCGCAUACGGCGGCAUCGGCGCCGCCAUUGCCGCCCGCUUCGCCGCCGAGGGCGCCCUCGUCACUCUCCUCGGUCGCAAGGAGGACAAGCUGCGCGAUCUCUGCGACCGCCUGCCGCCCUUCCAGGACUCCCGCCUCGCCCCCCUGACCGCGGCCGCAGCGUCUUCAACACCUGCCAACGGGGAAAUGCCCACACACUCCUACGCCGUCAUGGACGUCUCCGCCGACGGACGUGACGAUGCCGUCUUGGAUGACAUCUGGAAACGUACUGGCCAGAUAGACGUCCUGAUCAAUGCGGCGGGUAUUGCACAGUUCCAGUUGUUGCAGAACACUUCUCCCCAGGCUGCGAGGGAGCUUGUAGACACCAACCUCAUGGGCACAAUCUUCAUGUCGAGGUACAUGGCCCAGCGCAUGAAGCGCAGGCGCGCAGACAGGGAUGUGCACGCACGUCCUGCGGUAACAGUCCUGCUGACCAAGUCGUCCCACUUACAAGCUUGCAUAAUCAACGUUGCGAGCCUGCUGGCCGAAAAGGGCAGCCCUGGCACCAGUGUCUACGCCGCGUCAAAGGCCGGUAUAAUCGGCCUAACCCACGCUCUCUCUGUUGAGCUGGGACCGCUGCGCAUUAGGACCAAUGCCAUCGUCCCUGGCUACAUAGAAACCAAUAUGCUGGCUUCAAUGUCGAAAGAGCCCCUCGAGAAGCGAAUUCCACUGGGGCGCUUGGGCCGGCCUGACGAGGUGGCCGAUGCUGCUGCUUUCCUCGCCCAAAACACUUAUGCCAAUAACUGCAUCCUGAAUCUGGAUGGCGGGCUAAGUGCUGUCUGA